GGGGUCUUGAUCAUUGCGUCAAUCAUCUGAUCAAUAUCUGCCGAGCGGCCAUCCACGAUUCAGACAUCGGUUAUUAGUAUAACGUUUUCAGCCGUCCAGAUAGGCGCAUCAUGACAUGGAGCGCAUCAUGAAAUUGAUCCUAUGUCGGCAAACUAUCGCGUAUCAGUGAUACGUCCUCCGUUUAUCAGCAUAUAGUUCCCGGCCUCCAUACGGCACCGACUCUCCUCCGACUGCCCUUGAAACUCAAGCACUUCCACCCACUCGGCAACAGCCCACUCCCCCAGAAUCUCCACCCCGAAGGCGCCCGACGGGUGCAUUCUUCAACCGAGCCCGCCCCGCAUCCCCAGUUUCCAUGACCGACUCCGACUUCCCACCGCCGACCCCCACAACAAGCGGGUGGUCAGAUUACCGUUCAGCCCAUUCUCGCGCAGCCAGCAUCGGGAGCAGCUUCUUCUUCCGCUCACAUCGAAGCUCUGGGGCAGCCGACGCCGACGCCGCCUCCGUCCUGUCACAGCAGACGACCCCGACGAUACCCUCCCUCAGAUCGCGCCGGACCGUGGACCGCGACGCCGCAUCGGUCGUGUCGACGCCCACGCUCGCGAGCAAGAGCUCCAACGUCUUCACGCGCUCGCUGCGCAAGUACACCGGCCACGCGGAGAGCGACCCGAAGGUCCAGAUCGCACGGGAGAAGAUCGCGAACGCGGCGGAGGCGGAGCGGGAGGCCGACCGCGCUCUGAUGCACGCGCGGGCGCGCGUGCGGGACGCGAUGGCCAGCAUCAAGGUUCUGGAGGAGGAGGCUGAGGAAGAAGCUCAACGGGCCCAGGCCAAAUCCGCCGUCUCGCGUCUGAUGAGCAGAAGCGCACGGGGAUUGGGACGUCAUGGGUAGUGGCUUGUAGUGACUGAUCCUGUAUACCCAGCCAUGUGAUUAUUUAUGGGACGAGAAAUGCUGAGCCUGGUUUGAUCGUGGGUGCUCAGUGCGCAUGGGAAAGGAAGGGAGAUGAAAAAUCUAGCUCGUUCUGGGAUGAAGGCAAGGCGCCAGAACAAUUCUUUGUCAUUCCGAUCAAUUGCGUUCUCCUUUUUCCUGCCCUCAUCUUGCAUUCGCCACCAUGUCCAAUAAAAUCGUCCCGACUGUCUAUCGAGCCAUUCUUGACGAUGUGGAGGCUAACAUCCGUUCUUCCUUCGAAGACUACGGCGUGGGCGAAGAUGUCUUGAAAACCCUCAUGCAGAGCUGGCAAGACAAGCUGCAAAACUCGCGCGUGGCCGAAUUCAUCCCUGAGCCCACCCCGGCUGCACAAGUCCCGAGCGGCCAUCUUCCUUACCCAGGUGGCAUGGCCCUCCCCCCGUACGCCAUGCCCCAACGAGCCGGCCCCAUCGCCCCCGGCAGCGCAUCGGGUGUGAAAACCGAGCCCGGAGCACCGCACAUGCCCUACGCCACUCCCUACGCCAUGCCCAUCCUGCCUGGCCCGCAGAUCCCAGGGCUCACGCUCCCGCCGGGCACCGCGCCCCCGAGCGGCCUCGGCAUCCUGUCCUCGAGCCUGAACACCGCGCAGCUCAGCGCGCUGAACCAGAUGAUGACCCAGCACAUGUUCCAGCUCCCGCAGGUCGACGGCGCCCACACGGACGACGAGGAGGACGAGGACGACUACGACGAGGUCGUGCCCGGUACGGCGCCCCGCAGCUCGCAUCCGUCGCUGCCGCCGGCGCCGCCUGCUGUAGCCGGCCCCAGUGGUUCUUCUGCCCGCCCACGUGCGCUUGCGCCACCUGCUCCGGCCUCCACGUCCAAGCCAACCAGCACCGAUCCGGAGGAUGCCAUCAACAGCGAUCUGGAUGACUCAGAUACGGACAACGAGGGCGACGGCGCGAAUGGCGGGGACGAUGCUCUGGAUGGAGCGAUGGGCGGGGAGGCGGAUGUCAUCUUCUGCACGUACGAUAAGGUUGCCCGAGUGAAGAACAAGUGGCGGUGUGUUCUGCGCGAUGGAAUCGUCCAUGCCAAGGGCAAGGACUAUCUUUUCCAGCGGUGCACAGGAGAAUUCGAGUGGUAGUCGUCUGGUGGUGCCAUCGGCGGCUCGCAUUUGAAGCUUCUACGCCCGAAGCCUGAUCAAAGAAAACUGUAUCGACUCAAGAAGACAUUGGUCACACAUUCUCCUAUUCAUAUAUCGCAUAUCCAUUCCCAUCAUCCGUACAUUUCCCCGUACAUAGCAUGUAUAACCCACAUUCCAAUCUCAUUCCCUCACACAUGUGCGGAAGGAUCAGCCCGGGACGUAGUUCAUCCAGAUCCUCAGACCGGUCAGAUGCUUCGGAUGCUUCUCCGCGUCGCAGCAGACCGCGCAUUGGGACUCAACAAAUCGUACUCCUGCACUGCGAGCGAAGGCAGGGUUCACGAUAUGCAACAGCUAGGUCGCGAAUCGUCACAACACGUGGACGUUACUGAUCGAGAUCGAGAGAAUGGAUCUGCAACUCUUCGGGACGAAGAUGCGUUUAUUUAUCCCAUAUAUGAGCAACGCCCCAGAGCCUGUAGGUCUGGCAGCAAGAACGUUGUCGUUCAUGCUUGGUCACAUUAACCACUAUCCUGGCAUGUGAUUCUGUAUUUCGUUCGUUCGAAAGCAAGAGUCAAUAAUACAAAAAUACAUCAGAGGAAAAGAAACUACUCAAACACUCAUCCGCAAGGCACUCAUGACCUGCUGGACCCUAGAGUACUCCGCCCGCAACGAGACGUUCUCCGCCUCGAGUCCCUUGAUCGCAUUCUCCUCUUCGUCCGCACUAGCCUCGAGUCCCCGCACUCGGGCCUGCAUCCCGGCGAGCCACGCCUCCCGCUCACUGGCGCUCCCGUCGAGCGCCGCGAUGCGCGCGUCCAGCUCGGCGUUGCGGGCCUGGAGCGUCUUGAGCUCCGCCUGCAGCGCAUCUCCGCGCGUCUUCUCCUCGGCAGCCAAGCCGGAGACGACGUGCACCUUGUCCGCGAGCAAGGCGAGCUCGCGGCGCAGCGCAUCGGCGCCGAGAAGCGAGCGGGAGAGCUGCGAGAGCGCGAGGUGGUUCUGGGCGCUGUCGGCGACGGCUACGACGGCGUCCGAGAGCAUGCAGGUGACUUUGGCUUCCGCGACAGAGAGCGCGGUGGGGCGGGGCGUGGGGGUGGUGGUGGGCAGUGUGGGGAUGGAGAGCGAGAGGGACAGGAUCUCGUCAGAGUCGGAUAGCUCGUCUUCUUCCUCCUCAUCGUCGUCGUCGUCGUCCUCCUGCUCUGACGCACGACCGUCUUCGUCUUCGGUGCCAGCCGAGUCAGCCUGCUGCUGAUGCUUCCUUGCUGACAUCGAGCCUGACGCGUGGGCAUCGAAAAAGUCCGCGACGUGUGCCGGCGCCGUAGACCAUGUGAGUCCAGCGGAGAUAGAACCGUUUGCCUCGCCCUCGUCGAGAUCUUGACCCUCGUCGUCCUGAUCUACCCACAGGUCCUGAUUCAACUCCCCGCCGAGCGAAUCAUCUCCUCCCUCCGUCCCCGCCUCCGUGUCUCCCUCCCCUCUCAGAGCAAUCUCCAGCCCAGCCAACCUUCGACUGCUCCUUGAUCCGGCCAAGUUCACGCGUGCCUUCUUCGCAUUCUUUUCGUUCGGGAUAGACACGCCCUCUGAGGCUUUACGUUUUUUCGUCGAUGUAGACGUCGAUGCCAACAUUGAUCAGGAAGGGUGGCUUUCACUUGCGGAGACACUGUACGGAUAGACAAGUAUGCCCUCGCGAGGACUGCGGGGAGAGGGCCCAGCACUUGACUCCGGUUGAGUGGCAAGACUAGGGAGUGCGCUCGGAGUUGAUUGACAGGUGGCUAUGCUGCUCUGUGUUGGCAGAUCAUCAUCAAUGCUACAGCUCUUUCACUGCGGACGUCGCACGACGCAAACCGUUUGCUACAACCCGCUACUCUAUCGAUCACUGGAAAGCGAUGAGACAGUCAGAAACCCUUAUUCGGAAGCCUCUUCGAUGUCGAGAACAACCCUGCACUUGAAAACCCAAGCUGAUUCUAGGACAAUUACUUGAAGACUCUUUUGAAUGGCCGUGCACAAUUCACGGAUCCAAGUGUGUCUUUUGAUGCGUCGUCGACAUAAAGAGGGCCACGAUUCCUGUCCUCCAUUGUCCGGGCUCUUCUUUACGCCUCUCUGAGAUCAAUUUCGCCGACUUUUAGAGAGCCCUCCGCCUUGCCACUGUGUUCCAGAACACUCUCCCCUUCUACCACCAUGAGCUCUCUCUUCACAAUGAAUCGUGGUCUCACAUAUCAUGCUGGCUCUGCCCAAGCGAAGAUACCCUGCGAAAUUUGGUCAAUGAUUUUCGUGCUCUGCCUGCCACCUCAGCCCCCACUUGCACCCGGACCGAGGAUGGGACCUCGGCGACGUCUAGCGCCUCUCUCUCUCACUGCUGUCUGCCGACAGUGGAGACUCGUAGCGCUGGACACGUCCCAGCUUUGGCGUUAUCUCCACAUCAAUCUGUGCUCGACACCCAUGCACUGGGACGACCGCACAUUGAUGGAAUUCGCUGUUGUAUGGUUUGCACGUUCGGGGAUUCAUCGCCCUCUUGUCUUCAGCGUGAACAGGGUGGGAAGGCGCGACCUGUUGGGCUCAUACGCGGUGCCGGUGGUGCUCCUCUACUUUUCGUCGAGACUGCAGCACAUCCAUCUUUUCUCUGACCGGCCCUGGAUCUUGUAUCCUAUAUCCGUGAAACCAGACGCGUUCCCCGUGCUAGAAUCAGCCGCGUUCUCGUCUGUUCCCAUGCCAUCAAUCAACUCAGUCGCUGCUCCCCGUCUGAGGACGAUGUUCAUUGAUCGUAUCCUCCAACUCGACUUGGCCGGGUGGCCAGCACUCACCUACCUCAACUGUGGCAUGGCAAACAUCCAUCACCUCCGGCUUGUAUUCAAGAAUGUACCCACUCUCGAGAGAUUCUCAGUGGGGAUUUUGGCCUCGAACAUGUGGCUCCCGGUCCCCGGGACUGUUCUCGUGCAUCACAAUAGGCUGCAGCAGCUGAUACUACGCUCCCGUAGCAGUGUCUUCCCACUGUCCUAUUUUCGCUUUCCGAAAUUGCGUGUGCUGGCGAUCAAAGAUGACUUGAACUAUGAGCGCGAGCUCUUCGGGGGUUUCGUUCAGGCAGCAAUGCCAGCUUUGCGCAGUCUCUACCUCGAUUUUCCAGCAGGAUACACGGCCUUCUUACUGCUGCAGAAGUUGCCGUUCCUCGUGGAGUUGCAUGUGUCGAAUCCCGACGUUCUGUUCACGCUCAACUUUUUCCUCGAGUUGAACGGACGCAACCUGAUUCUUGGACAUCUUCUCCCUCGCCUCGAGCAGCUCACCUUCCAGAACUGCACGGUGCAGCUCUGCUCGACAUGGUUCAGGGCGUUGGCGAAUCGCUCUCGUGAUACCGCCAAGACGGCCAGGCUGCGCUGUUUCCGGUUCGUCUGGCCUCAGGUGUGGAUCAACAAAAGGCUGGACGAUAGGACACUCGACUCCGUGACUGCUUUGGGCCGGCAGGGAAUGAAGAUCUUCGUUGGGGCCCCAGCUCACCAUGUCCCGUGGGAGUGAAACCGCCGACGUUUACUUGGCAGAAAAUCAAACCAUGUUCAUAGCACAGUACAUACUCACAAUUCACGAUAGCUCAAACUACGUUGUACUUCGCUCUAAGGGACACAUGUUGAGGAAGCCCGACUUGUUGUACGGCGCAACUUCCUAGCGAUCGUUCAGGACCUUUUUCAGAAGCUGCUUUGCAUCUCUCGGGACCGUCGUGAUUGUUUCGCUGUCGCUUAGCAUAGUAUGGACGCGAGAUGACUAAAUCGACGGAGGGUCUCAGGCGCACUGAAGAUCUCGUUGAACAUACAGAAAUACAGAAUACACACAUGAUUGUAGGCUAGAUAAAUAAAUGGAAAACUCCUCCUCCUGUGCACUCGGUCCCUUCACUCCCCGUCACUGACAAGCAAGACAAAGGCAGCAAAGAUGUUCUCGGGAAGAAGCAUCCGUUCCCGGAUCCAUCGGGCAUGCCUCUGGUGCGAUUCCUGCUGAUUAUUGUUCGCCUGUACCUUCGACACAGCCGUGUCCACGACACGCAAGGCAUCCAAAUCGGUGAUAAACCCACCGUUCUCAUCCACGGCCCAGCCAAGCACCCAGAAGAACCCAAUC